AUGGUCAAAUUCCUCCCCCUUGCCUCGAUCACCACUGGCGUAGUCGCUGCCUCUAGCAAUGGCUUACCAAUCACUCCGAUUCUUGAUUGCGGUCAAACCUGUCAACGACCACCAGUUGGGAGCCUUGAGUACCUGACAGCUGUUUAUUCCAUCCAGCAUCUGCUCGCUCGAUAUCCGGUAGCCAUCGAUGGGAGGGACUGGAGUCAACUUGACAGUAUCUUCGCAGCCAACGCCACCGCCAGUUUUCCGCCUCCCUUGGGCGACCUCGUUGGCUCAGACAGCAUCACAGCAGCCAUCUCUCAAGGACUGGGCAUGUUUGCCAGCACUCACCAUGGCUACGGCACUCAGCUUAUUGAAGUGUGCUCAGAAAAUACCGCUGUUGCACUGACGUAUUUGACUGCAUCUCAUUUCAUGGCGGGAACGACAAAUCUUUCGGAUACCUUUGGUUUAGACAAGGUCUUGUAUAGUUACGGACGAUAUGUCGACAAAAUGGAGCGAGGAGUAGACGGAACGUGGAAGAUCGCCCGGAGAACCCUAGUAAUGAUGGGACCCAGCAUCUCGGAGAUAUCCGUCCAGUAG